AUGGUAGUCACCUUGAAAACUGAAUUGGAGUUCAUAAACGGUUUGUUGUCAGUUUCGUCCGAUGAUCCUCCUUUUUUAAGUGUUGGCACUGAAGUUAGUGCGAAAUUUAAGGGGGCAUUUUGCGAAGCUAAAGUGAAACGUAUGACGAAAUCUGUGAAAUGUAAGGUCUUGCUGAAAACACCGCCUUAUGGUACUAUAUUUGCCGACCAUACUGAAAUAAAGGGUUCUUUGGAAGUUAACCAACAAGUUGAAAUUGUUCAGGGGAAAGCAACUUAUAAAGGCGUUAUACAAAAUAUUAAAGAUAAUAGCAUAUAUGUUGUUGUGUUUAAUGAUGGCGAUGAAAGGCAGUUGCGGCGUACACAAGUAUGCAUCAAAGGUGCUAAACAUUUUGAUGAAGAUGUCAAUUUGGAUGCAAUGCCGCUGUACAAACCGGAAUCAUUUAGUAGUCCAGUAGUCCCUGACGAUCGAAAGGGAAAACAAAAAAGGAAAAAUUUGGAACAGUCAAAACAGCAGCGGCAACAAUCAACAUCAGCAAGUGUUGGAGAUAAGGACGAUGGCAGGGAGCAUGAUGACGAUACGACAACCAGCGAAGAUGGUUCAACACUCGAAAGUACCACUUCUAGCACCACCUUAUCUCACACCAGUAAUAGCAUCAGUGAGACUGUAACUGUUCCUGCACAGUCAGGUCAUAAGCUCCGUACACGUCAAAUAGCGUCAAAAUCAGUUCCAAGGCGUUUACGUAGUGCACGUAGGGGGUUUACAUCAUUCUACAAACCGACUGAAAAUAGUAGUGACUUGAAAAGUGGUGAUGAUGAGGAUGAUGAUAACACUAAUGAUGAUGAUGGUAAUGAUUCGAGCAAUUCGAAGAUGCGUCGUUUUGCGCGCCUACCGAAACCGUCAGUUUCACGCAUGAUUGCUGAUAAAAUUCUUACCAAAUCUAUUGCACGAACACGUAGAAAGCGUUAUGCAGCAGCGGUUGCCACGGAUGCGUUGAAACGUAUCAAAGAACCAAAUAGCACUGGUAGUAAGCGUAGGUUAGGAGAUGAUGAUAGCUAUGAUAAAGAUGAUGAGAACAGUAUUAUUGAUGAGGAUUAUGGUGGUGGUGAUGGUGAUAAUGAUAAUGAUCAUGGUGAUAAUGAUGACGAUGACGAGGUUGACGAUACAGAUAAGGAAAAGGGAAGAACACAUGCACGGAAAAAGCAUUGCAGUAGCGAUGAUAAUGAUGAUGAUAAGUCCCAUACAAGUGAUAAAAUGAUAAGUAGCAGUAACACAAGCCGGAAAAGCGAACGGAAGCGACAAAGACUUCGAGAUAAAGAAGUGGAGCCGAUGACAAAGAAAAGAUCAAAAGAUAUUGAUGAAGCGAAGAAGUUGUAUAAGGUUGGAAGUGUUGUGGCAGUAUAUGAGGAUGCUGCGCGUAGGGGUAAAUGGACACCAGCGGUUGUCGUUGCGGAAGUAUCAUUCAAGGCUUCAACAAAGGGAACUAUAAGUAUUGGAAAAAAUGAUGUUUUGUUGCGAAGCUUCAAGGAUUCAAAAUACUUUGCUUGUCCGGUGAAUAAAUUGUCUUCACCGGGCACUUCAAUUCUCAGGUUUCCUGAUUCGUCGCCCAAAGCUGCUAUGGAUCGAGCUGUCGCUUUCGUUGAAAAAGAAAUUUUUCCUGCUGGAUGGGAAAGAUCACAAAUUUAUGAUGAUAUGCGACCAAAGAAACGCGAGCGUAGAUCUUCUUCGAUUGAUAAAAAAAAACGUUCAGAAUCUUCCGGAAAAGCAAAACGGGAAAUGGAGAAGAAGAUUUCCGCAGAGAGUAGCUCUUCAGAGAGCGAAAGCAGCACCGAUGAAGAGUACGGCGAAGAAAGAGAUCAGUUUACUGCCCAAUUAUAUAAGUUCCAUGAAGAAAGAGGGACUCCUAUUAAUCGAGCACCAAUACUUGGUGGGAAAGACAUAGAUAUGUUCCGACUGUACAAUGUGGUUCAACGAUAUGGGGGCAAAAAACGUGUUAUCGAAAACAAUCAGUGGAAAUUGGUUUUGCGAAAAAUGCAUUUGGAAGGAUGCCCAGGUGCAACAUCAGUUACCGUCAAAAAUGCCUAUUCCAGAUACUUGGAUCAUUUUAACUCAUUUUAUCGCAAUUUGGGUAUUUCGAGCUGGUUGUCAACUCCGACACCGUCAACUUCCAGUCGUAGUGAACGUCCAAAUCGUUUGUUAGACCGUCACAAUAUGCAGUUGCAAAGAAGAAAAUGGGCUUUACUGGCAUCGAAAAAAAAAGAGAAGAGGCAAAAAGAAAGCGCAAGUAAGGGAAAAAUAACGAAACGAGAAAAAGAUGAGGGCCUACCGCGUACGAGGAGAGAAAGAAUUAAAAAAGACGAGCGAAAUAUGAUGAAAUCUGAUAUUAGCGAAGAUGACGACAAGAUCAAAGGUGCGCCAUCCACGUCGUCACAGAGUUCAACGCCAUUACUUUGCUUAUCACCUGGCGGUAAAACAAAAUCAAAGGCAAAAGACGACGAAGAACAGGACAAAGGGAGUGUAAGCGAUAGUGGAACAAUCGAAAGUACCAAAGAAAAAGGAAGUUCUAAAACUGAGAAGGAAUCAAGCAGAAUUAAACACCGAAGUCUAAAGAAAAGGGAUAAUGAAAGGGAUACAAAUAAAGAUGAACAACAGCUUAGCUCGAAAGCUUCCGAUAUUGAUAAGAAGAUUAAAAUAUCAAAGAUCAAUAAAUCGGAGAAGAAACCAUCUUCUGAUAGUUAUAUUAAACGAAAGUCUCCAAGUAUUGUGUCGACAGCUUCAUAUGUUGAUCUGGGAGUUAACGGAAGUGAUGAUGAAGCACACAUUCGGCAAAUGCGUUUAAAAGAAGGUCGAAAGUUGGUCGCAGCGGGAACUCGUCUUUCCACUGAUCAAAAGGAAUUAUCGAUAAGCAAGAAUGAGGGAAGUGCUACUGGAAAAGAUUCAGAUAUUUCCCAAGCGCUCAGGAAGGAAAAGACGAAGGAAGGUGUACCGUGGCUUAAUUGCUCUGCAGCUACAGUCUUGACAAAUUUCUAUAUGGGGCAAAAUGUGAAAGCUUAUCAUCAUGGUCAGUGGUAUGAUGCAAGAGUGAUUACAGUGGGCAAAAUUUCACAUGGAGAUGUCCUCUCUUCGAUGAUGGACUUCGAGGCGAGGUGCAAAGCUAUCAAUGAGUCAAUGGAUUGUGAUGAGAAAGAGCGAAAAGAAUCACUGACAAGAGCAUCGGCACGCUUAAACGAUCGGUUAGAAGGUAUUCUUCGGGAAAUGACAUGUUGUGUACAUUACCUUGGAUGGAAUUCCCGCUAUGAUGAGUGGGUCGAGUUAAUCAAAAUUAAAGUACAUGAAAAAGAUCAGAAACUAUCGGAAGAACAAUUUUUGUCGAUUGCUUCUGAUAAAUUAAGUGCUCCAACUCUGGAAGCAGCCGUAGCAUGGCGUUCUUCUGUUGAUCCAGCUAAACUUUUAGCAACUGAAGUGUGUAGUAGUGGAAUGAGGCCUCGGCGAUUAUCGCACACCCAUGAACAUGCUAUACAUCCAGAAGUUCAUUCGCGUUCUACUACAUUCUCAGAAAAAAAAGUGAAAAAAGCAAAAGUUUCGUUGACAACAAGUGAUUCAACGGUAUUGAAAACACCAGAUGACUCAGUGAAGCAGAGUACUGUCCAUCUCGCAAGCACCAAUCGUCUAGCUGAAUCUGAUGCAGAAAUUGUUCUGAAUCGUUUACCGGAAGAAGCUUCAGUUUCCGAAACACCGCCACACCUUUCUUUUGCCAGUGAGCUUAUAUCAAGUACAGUAUUUCUUACUGGCGAUACUGCAGAAGUUAGCAUUUUGACUAAUUAUUCAUUUUGCGAGGAAAAGCUACCUGAAUCAAAUUCGAAGCGACGUAGAACAAUGUCGGACAAUCGUUCUUCUGUUGCAGAUCUUUCAGAUAAUUCAACAAAGACACCAUUUAUCUUUCCUGAAGCAGCUGACAAUAUCAAAACAGAAGUCGAAGCUGGCCGUGUGUUGGUACUGGAUGGAGAAUCUAGAACUGGGCAGAUUUGUGUUGACAAAAUGCGGCUUAAAGUACCAGAUGAAAAUCAUGACAAGUCGACAGUUUUGGAAGCAGCAAAAGUCGUGGAAAAGAAAGAACAACAUACGAAUGGAAGCGAAGAACAAGCAAAAUUAAUGGUUCUAACUAAAAGUAAUGAGAUAAAUUUGAAAGAUGAUAUUGACAGCAAGCAAAAGGGAAUCACUGCAGUACAGCAGAUUUCACCUGCUGGUGAUCCGAUUCAAAAAAUAACUUCAUCGUGUAAAGAAAUCUCGUUGGAAUUAGAAGCCACAGCAGAAGAUAUAGCUUCAAAAGAAUGUGAUGAUGAAGUUUGGCAUCCGCCGAUGUCUUUGGGACUUAAACAGCGUGGUCGUGGAAUGAAAAAGAAGAAAGUUGGUAGAAAUGCAUCGAAUACAUUGGUCGAACGUAAAGGUAUAGGAAAAGGAGGAUUCAAACAAAUAAAUAGUGAGGAGCGAAGUAAAGAAAGUGAAGAAUGCUCAUCAAGUGAUGAUGAAAGUUUGCCAAAUGUAAGAGAUAGUUGGCAUGCUUUGAAAGUACGUAUGCAACAGAAAGUGGAAUCAGAAGGAGCUAUGGCUUAUGCUGAAAAAGAACUGAAUUUAGAACCAAUCGACGAAAAUUUAACUGGGGAAGCGCUAAUAAACAGUUAUCAGGAGCGUAUGCAAGAGCUCAGAGAUAUAUAUCAUAGUAUACGUGCAGAUCAGGCACGUCUAGAUCGUCGUUGGCGGAAAACACUGGAAAAAAGAAAACAACGCGACAAGGAACAUAGAAAAAAAGAUGAACCGUUCGUACAGUCACCUGUAGGUGAUAAUGUUGUAUAA